CAUACUCAUGAGCCAGGUGUUUGACGUACACGUUCGUAAUUCGCUGGCGGGAUGAAAACGAGGCAGUACGUACUAGCUAGAGUGUGAUUUGUUUACUACAUUCAGGAUAGUUAUGUCUCGAAUACUCAACUGUAUUGUAGCUGUGUGUCCAGACAUGGGAAUAGGGAAAAAUGGAAAUCUGCCAUGGCAUCCAAUAAGACUAAGUAAUGAAUUCAAACACUUUCAGAAGAUGACCACGACCCCUUCACUUGAGGGUAAAAAGAAUGUGGUUUUGAUGGGCAGAAAGACAUGGUUCUCUAUACCUGCAACAAACAGACCCCUGAAAAACAGGAUCAACAUUGUUCUCAGCAGAGAGCUCAAGACAGCCCCAGAGGGAGCUCACCACCUUGCUUCAGACUUCAGUUCAGCUCUCCAUCUGUUAGACAGCAGUGAGCUCGAAAAACAAGUGGACCAGGUUUGGAUAAUUGGGGGAAGCGCUCUCUACAAGGAGGUGAUGGAGAGCUCUGGUCCCAGGCGUCUUUUUGUGACACGGGUUCUCAAACAGUUUGACUGUGACACAUUUAUCUCUGACAUUAAUAUGGACAAGUACAAGCUCCUGCCCGAUUUCCCAGGUGUACCCACGGGCUUACAGGAGGAGAAUGGUGUUCAGUAUGUGUAUGAAGUGUACGAAAGCACCAAAGACUAAGAAGAUCCUUUAAGCAUGAUGUUAAAGUCGUAAACAUGGUCCAGUUUUUAAAUCAGACUUCUGUAAUUUUUUCUUUCUUAUUUAUGUUUGUCAUAUUUCCUGUCAACUCUUCUUAGGAAUAAAACUGAAAUGCCCAAAAA